GACUUGGACGGAAGUGGCAUAUUUGAAAACUGGCAGUUGAAGGCGAGCCUUUUCCGUGCUCCAUUAGCUAGUGAAACGGGAUAAAUGAGAUCGUAAACAAGAUGGAAGAAGAAGAACAUACAGACAGAAAGCAGCAGCUUGCCAUGCUUUAUCAAAAGAUCAACAAAAUUAAGAAGUAUCUCAAUGAAGAUGACACAGACAAUAUUAACCAGGUUAUCGGCUCAAACUCACCUGAAUCAUGUCUCUCAUAUUUGACGGACCUGGAGAAGAAAGGGGACCCUCACUUGGAUCGUAACUACCUAAAUAGACUUAUUGACUUCUAUACCAGAGUAUUCUCCAAUAUGCCACUGGGAAAACACUGCCAGAACGAGAGCUAUGCCAGGUUGUUGGUCAGAUUUGCAGAGCUGAAAGCAAUUCAAGAUGUCAAUGAGGCAGAAGCCAACUUCAACGUGGCAAGAUCUCACAGCCAGAACUUUGCAUUUGUUCACAUUGCACAUGCACAGUUUGAGCAUUCUCAGGGCAACACAAAGAGAGGCAUUUACAUUCUGCAGAAUGCCAUUGAACUGGGUGCCAAACCGAAGGAGUUGCUGGAGGCUGCCUUGCAAAGCGUGCAGACGGGGAAAACACAAUUCGUCUGUUCCGAGGAUAAGGAAAAUGCACCACAAUUGUCAAACAGUAAUGUGCACGGUUCUGUCAAAAAGGGCUCUGUAUUCCAAAAAGUAUGCAGAACAUCAGACGGCACAGGCGACUUGCAGCUCUCCAGUAUUUUUGCUUCAGGGACAGAGCCCUUUGGUGGAUCAUCAGAUGACCAACUAUACGGUUGGAGAUCUGGAUCUCAUUGCAAGAGAGUAGUUGGAAUGCCAGGGAGAGUUCCCGUAGUAUCUUUCUCGAUCCCAGAAAAGGAUGAUGAUGAUGACGACAUUAAUGAGAGGCCCUCAAAGAGAAAUGAUGCAUCAGUCCUGACCAGUUUGUCAAGGCAAACAUCUGGUUCAAACAUGAACCCUCAUUUUGGACUAUCUUCUUCAAAGAAAAAAGAUGUCGAAGGAGAUCGUUUAUACUAUCGACCACCAGCUGUCAGCCCAGAGCCUUGCCCCUGGGAGGACCAGGCAGCUGUGGACUCCACCACCACACUCCUUCACACACAUGACACAAGGGAUGCCCCGAGAAUGGAAGAUGUGACUUUUAACUUCGACCAGGUCGUCAAUUCAAAUUCCCCCGAGUCGUGUUGGACAUAUCUGAUGAACCUGGAGAAGAGAGGCAGCCCUCACACAGACAUCAACCUCCUCAAUAAGCUCAAGGACUGUUAUUCUAAAAUCUUCUCCAGGUUGCCGAUAAGACAGUUCAGCAAAAACGCCAGCUAUGCCAGAAUACUGGUCAGAUAUGCAGAACUCAAGGGGAUUGAAGACACAGAUGAAGCCCAGGACCACUUCAUAGUUGCAAGAUCCAACUGUAAAGGCUUUGCCUUCGUCCACGUAGCACAUGCCCAGUUUGAGGUUUCUCAAGGUAAUGUGAUGAAAGCAACUUCAAUUCUGCACAAAGCCCAGGCUUUAAAUGCGAAGCCAGCAGAGCUCCUGGAGAUUGCCAUACGUAACCUGAAAGCUGGGGAGAAACAGCUUGUGCCCACCAGGGAGGAGGAACAUCCCACAGAUUUGAUAACUGGUGCUGCAGUAAGUGUGUCUACUUGUGGGAGAAACCAGGAACUUCAGCUUCCUGCUCGGGUCCCUGUUCACCGGUCAGCUGAUCAGCCUAAAGCUGCCAGCAAGGAGCCCUCAUCAGAGUGGAAGAUGCCAACUCUCCUCAACCGGCAUGUUUCUCCAGAGGAUAAACGAACUACACCUCCUGACCCCAGACCUGUUCCCCGUAUGCCUGAGUCACUCCCCACUCCAUCUCUCCAUCUUCCUCCAAGAACGAACCCACAGACAGUCUGCCAGACCCCAAACAACUACAGGAACCCCUGUGCUAGCAGCUUUAUUACUCCCGUUGUCAAGAGAGGCCCUGAGGUGUCUUCCUCUGCAUUGGCAGCACACAGAGCCGGACCCGUUCAGCAGCCAUGCACACCACUAAACCAAGCCCCAUGUUUCCAAACUCCACAGGGGUCCCUCUCUGCGUUGUCAAAUGAAACCAUUACCAUUAAGGGCAAGCAGUUCUUCAUACUCAAGAUGAUUGGACGUGGUGGGUCUAGCAAGGUCUACCAGGUCCUUGAUCACAAAAAGCAGCUGUUUGCUGUGAAAUACGUCGACCUUGAGGAGGCUGAUGCUCAGACGAUAGAGAGCUACAAAAAUGAAAUUGAACAUCUGAACCACUUGCAGCAGUACAGCGAUCAAAUUAUCAAGCUCUAUGACUAUGAAAUAACCAACAGCUACAUCUACAUGCGGAUGGAGUGUGGAAACUUGGAUCUGAACACUUGGUUGCGGAACCGCAAGACUGUGAAUCCGCUGGAGAGGAAGUUCUACUGGAAGAACAUGCUGGAGGCCGUCCACACCAUCCACAAACAUGGAAUUGUCCACAGUGACUUGAAGCCAGCAAAUUUUGUCAUUGUGAACGCUUCGCUGAAGUUGAUCGACUUUGGCAUCGCAAACCGAAUCCAGCCGGAUGUCACAAGCAUUAUGAAGGAUUCACAGGUUGGAACCUUGAACUAUAUGCCCCCUGAAGCCAUCAAGGACACCUCAUCCCAGGCAGGAAAAGCACGCUCAAAGAUCAGUCCCAAAGGUGACGUGUGGUCCCUUGGCUGCAUCCUGUACUGCAUGACUUAUGGGAAAACUCCAUUCCAAAGCAUCACCAAUCAGAUUGCCAAGCUGCACGCCAUCAUCGACCCUACUCAUAGGAUUGAAUUUCCUGACAUCCCGGAGAAGGAUUUGCUGGAUGUGUUGAUGAGGUGCUUGGUCCGAAACCCCAGAGAGCGAAUCUCUAUUGCAGAGCUGCUGGAGCAUCAAUACCUGCAGCUGAGGCCACAAGUAUCACCUGCACCAGAAUGUCCAAGUAACAGUGACCUCAAGAGGAUCCUAACAGAUCUCGCAGCCCUUCAGUCUCCAAACAGCAUCGUCCGAGCUGCUAAUAAUCUGGCCAAAAUGUGCAGCAGUGGCAGGAAGUUGGAUGUUGCAGAAUGUGCAAAGUCAUCAUAAUUAUCCUGCAAUGUGAUGUGAAUAUUUCUUUCUCUUUUCUUUUGACCCCUCAUAACCACUUCAGUACAGUAAAGGUACUUUCUGUAAGAUUUAGAACUAACAAAUGUAUAAUUGUAUGUUUGUGGCUUUUGAAACAAAAUCAUUAUAUAUUGCUUCAUUUUUACUCCUGUCCUCUGAUAAUAAGUGUAAGCAUACAGCAUAGUCAAAUAAAAG